AUGAAAAUCUCAAUCACUUCAGUCUUUACCUUAAUUUCAUUGUUCGCAAUCAGUGUUAUUGCUGCCCCAGUUGCCGUUGCUUCACCAGAUGCUGUUGCUGUUGCUGCUCCAGAACCAUUGUUUGAAGAAUUACAAGCAAUUGGUGCCAUCAAUAAAGGUAUCGCCAAUAUCACUGGUGAAUUAACCCAAUUAACCACUUUAUUAACUGCCCCAACUGAACUUCCAAAAGAUACCUUAGGAGCUGUUGUUACUAUUGUUCUUGAUUUAUUAAAAGGUGUUGUUUCAACCUUAGGUGGUAUCACUGGAUUAGAAGAAGGUACAGAUGCUUUGAAUGGUUUAUUGAAUGAUACUUUUGCCAAAUUAGAUGCUUUAUUAGCCAACUCUGGUCUUGAUGCCACCUUGAACCAAGUUCUUCGUACUUUGAUUGAUGCUAUCAAAACUUUACUAGCCAAGAUCUUAUGGACUUUGAACCAAGUUUUAGAUAACUUACUUCAUUUGAACUUGGUUGGUGUUGUUGCCUCAUUAUUAGCUGGUGCUCUAGCUUCAGUUGAUUUGUUCUUAUCAAAGAUCAAAAAUGGUGUUUUACCAGCUUGA